AUGGAUGGUGUCAUUGUCACUUUGUUCAAGCAGUUUGGUACUGGUGUUAUUCUUUCCACCGCUCUUGUUCAUUUGAUGACCCACGCCAUGUUGAUGUGGAACAACUCGUGUAUCACUUUGAAAUACGAGUCCACUGCCACAUCUAUCACCAUGGCGGGCCUUUUCAUCGGUUUCCUCAUUGAGUACUUGAUGUCGAGAAUCUUGAACAGCAGAGUCGAGAAACUCAAGAGUGCUGCAGGUGCCCAAGUUAGCUCUGAAGAGGAGGGCAGAUCGUCGGAAGAUGAGAAAGUUGCUCGUGAAAACAAUGGUCACGAGCACACUAGCCACGACCACCAUGACCUUGACAUUGCUGCCAAACAGGAUAAGACUGCCGUGUCUCUUUUGGAAGCUGGUAUUGUUUCCAUUCCGUUCUUAUUGGUAUCACUUUAG